UAAUGGAUGCUGGCUAACUGUAAAAUACAUUAAAUAAAACAUAAGAAAUAUUAAAGUAGGCUACCUAUUUUUUUUUUUGUGGAUUCAAAUGACAGGUCUGAUGACUGUAGAUUGAUGGACUUCAUUGAAGUUUAAGAAGAGCAGGAGUUGGUGGUGAAGGUGGAGGAUGAGGAGGAGGAAUAAAGGUCUCUGAUGCUCGGCUCUGGAUCAACUGCUUUUUUUUAUCCUCCAUCAGUAUUUCACAGUUUGUCUUAUUUGACUUUCCAGUGAUGCCUAAAGGAGCCGUGGACAACAGAGCCAUCAGCACACCAAAAGGCGUCAACAUUGAUUUUACUUUUGACGAAGAUGUCAGCGCAAUCUUCCGUGACCGUAUAACAAGUGUUGUCGCAGAGUCCAGUGUUCUGGAUGUGCGGUCCAAUGAGCAGAAAGCUCCUGGACUCAGACAGUGGAACGUGCAGUCUCCUCUGCGCCAGAAGAAAAAAGGAUCCAUAGUUUAGUGGAGAUUCAUCUCCAACUCUGUUUUAUAUCUUCACAAGUGCUACUUUUUUUUUCUUACAUCUUCAUCACCAUCUAUGUGCUGUUGUUUGAUAUUCUCUCAUAUUUACUGUUUGUCUGUGUAACUGUUUGUCUUUUAUCUGUUGGUAAUAAAAGUGACCUUCAAUUCAGA